AGAACUAAAAUGUUUUUUGUACGUAGAAACUUUUCGUACAUUUAUAAGAGUUGAUUGUCCGGCACUAUUUGUUCUUAAGACGAAACAUAAUUUAAUUCUUUGUUCUUAUAAUUAUAAAUAAAAAUAGCAAGACACUUAAAUGCUGGGAAUUAUAUUGGUUGAGAUUGUCGAAUAUAUUAGGAAAAAAUCCAAGGACAGUUAAAUUCACUAUCAAAAAGUCAUAUCUCUCUCUUGUAGGUAUACGACCAAAGAAGAAACAUUAGCCUUUUCUCAUCUUGAAAAUUGAUUCCUUAUUUUCUCGUAGGUCAAUAUCCAGAUGGGAUUAAAUAAAAGAAAAUACUCUGAUGAGCUAUCAGAAAAUGGACUACACUGUUAAAAAUUUGUGUUCUUCAAAAAACAAAAAAAAGGAUCUUCAUUUGUCCCUUAUAGAGAUCAUAUAUGUGUUCUCCGAAGAUUUACAGAACUAGAAUUUUCAGUUUUCUGAAGAAUAAAAUCUUUGUUCUUUAAGUUUUUUGAUCUCUAUAGGUGACAAAUUAUCAAGGGGGAAAAAGCAGUUUUUAUGGAUAGCACUUUCUAGCACCUUUCAGCACUUAAAAAAUCAAGGUGGCGGAUAAGGCUGUGUAUUCAAAUCCUACGAUUUUCUUUGUUUUUUUCAUCCUUUUCCUUUAACAAAGUGGAAAAAGUUCUUGAACUUCAAUAAAAAAAUACACAUUCUUUAUUCUUGUUAUCCAGAUUCAAUGACAUGUUUCAGUCUAUCACUGGAUGAAUGUGUUUUAUUGUCUGUUGGCAGUCAAUACGCUGAUUGCUUGUGUAAGUAUUUCCAUUUGUCGCCAAUCUUGACAUGAAAAUAAGAACUUGAUCGCUUUAAAUUGAUUUUGCCGAACACCCGGAUACCAGAAAAUGUCGCUCUUUGUGUUUGAGAUAAAUCUCUCGAUAAAACAUAUUCAUCAUCGUCUUCAUUUGACAAAUUAUCUUCACUAUAAUGAUCUUGAUCAUCUGUUUCGUCGUCCCACAAUUAUCCACUAAAUCUUCUUCGUCUUCAUCUUCUGAACUGGAGUUUUCUAUUUCAGAGCCACUCGCUCCGAUAUCGUCUAUUGUUUUUGAAUAUCUUUGAUCAUUGGAUUUUUUGACUUUUAGAGAAUAUACUGAGAACAUCUACCCUUGUUGCCUCGACGUCCUUGACUGCAACAGAAAAGGUAGAUCAAGCAUUUUCUGAAGAAUAAAACUGAAAUCGAUUCUCUAUUUUCAAAGACAUUUCUUUUAAAUUCACAAAAAAAGAUGAAUACAGAUUCUGUAUGAAAAAAGUAAUGGAAAUCCAACGAGAACAAAACAAAAAGGUGAAGUCCGCAUAAGAACGGAAAUCGCCCCACUAACAAUAACCGCUCCAAUCGAUCCAAACCUCAUCAGAAUCACAUACAAUUAUGAUAUUCGAUGAUUUCGACCCCCUUUUUCUAUGAAACUAAAGAGGAUGUCUAAUCAUUCAUAUAUCAUUCGACGGGCCAUGAAAAGCUCUACAAUAUGUGUUAAUAAGAAGCUUAACGAAGUGGGGCAGCAUGUUUUAUAAAUUUAAUACUUUGCCGCUUGAACCGAAGAGAACGUGUGCACGUGUUCUGCGUUAAUAAUUUUUGCGAAAGAUAUGUGAGACACGUGUUUUAUACGUUGCUAAAGUUUCGUUUAUUCGUUUUUUUAACUUUUUAACAGCUGAUUUCACAUUUCAGCUGAUAUCGCUAUGCAGCUGAUUUUGAUUUCACGUUUGUUUGUGUAGGUGCAAUAUAUGCACGAAAAUAAAAACAUGCUUGAAGUAAAAAUAGGAAAGUUAAAAGUAGUUUUUUCUCUGUGUUGUAGUCUAAAUAAAAGAGAAAUUGUGCCUUUUUGGGUGGUGAGUUUUUGAAUUAUAAACGAUGCAUAUUAAAUGUGUUGAAUGUUAUCGAAAGUUAGACGAUAAUUAUCGAAAUAGAAUUUCUUGUAAUCUCUUGCAAUUAUUUAUUUCUUCUCGUACGUUGAAACGAAUAUGUGUGGGUGAUUCUAUCUGCAAAGGUUGUCGGUCAAAAUACGAUAAAUGGGUUAAAAAGACCAAGAAUGAUUUUAAGAGCUUUACUCAAGAGGCUCAAGCUAAUGUCGAUAUUGCUAAUGAUCAAAAUGAUUCCGAAACUAUGGAGAUUCAUCAUACUAAUAGUUCAAUGGAGUUGUCCAAUAGUAGUGAUGGUCAGAUAACUGUCUCAAGUUCUGUGCAAAUUCCUGUUCAGAGAGUAAUCAAAUCGCACAGGAGUUUAACAUUUGAAGCAUAUCAACAAAUAUCUGGGCCUAUAUCCGACGUCAUAACAUACACAUCAAGUGAUGUUUUACAAUUGCUUCAUGAUUUUCGCAAAGUUUCAGCCGUGAUGCAAAAGAACGCACUUGAUUUUGACGAUCCCUCUUCUUUGAGUGAUACUGCUUAUUACAAUCUAACAGGUUUAAAGAAAAGUCAGUAUGAUUAG